GCGGCGGUGGCGGCGGCCGCGGCGACAGCAACGGGGUUUUUACCCCUCGACUUCUGUUCGGCGUCUCCCGGAUUUCGGAGCGUGGGGAGUGGCUUUAGGCGGGCAGGGCUCUGAUCCUUCCUCGCCUGUGGGCGGAGACGUGUUGGCGCGGUUGGGGAAAUCAUUUCGAAUCCGACCCCAGACGCGGACGGUAAAGCCGUUUUGUGUGGGCUGCUUGUGACAGGGGUCAUGGACGCUCACGCUUUGCGGGCUCUGUCAACUGAGACUCGAGCAGCCCUCCCGAGCGUUAUGGAGCCAGAGAGGGACGGGACCGGGAGGCAUCCCAGAAAGGGCAGGAAGAGGAAGCGGGCCCCGAACACGCUGAUCGGGGCGCCUGAGGCGAUGAGAGCCCGUUGGGAUCACGAGGAGAGGCAGCCCGUGGCCAAGAAGCCUCGCUUAUCUACAGUUUUACUUGCUGAAAACUGUGAAGUGACUCAUGGCCAGCUAUGUGAAUUGCUAAAAUAUGCAGUUCUGGGCAAAUCUUGUGUUUCUAAACCCAGAUGGUGCCAGCUUUUUCACCAAAACCGCCUGAAAAACGUGGUGGUUUUUGUUCUUCGGGGAAUGAGUCAGCUACACUUUUACAGGUUCUAUUUGGAGUUCCGAUUUCUCCGAAAGGCGUUCAGACAUAAAUUCUGCUUGCCACCUCCAUCAUCUAAUUUUCUAGCUGAUAUCAUUGGACUGAAAAAGAAAGAACCAACUGGAGAGCUACCCAAGACACUGGAAGGAUCUUUACCUCCUGCUAUUUCAAAAGCCAGCAUCAACCUGCAGAAUGACCCUAUCAUUCAAAAAUAUGGUCUUAAGAAAGUGAGCUUGAUCAGAUGCCUUCUGACAAAGGAAGAAAUGAAGACAUUCAGCUUUCCAUUACAAGGUUUUCCUGACUGUGAAAAUUUUGUACCUACCAAAUGUGAUGGUUCUGUAACAGAGAAUAGUCCUCUCUUCGGUCUUGACUGUGAGAUGUGCCUCACUUCCAAGGGGAGAGAACUAACCCGAGUCUCACUGGUUGCUGAAGGAGGCACCUGUAUUAUGGAUGAACUGGUCAAACCUGACAACAAAAUUCUGGACUAUCUCACCAGGUUUUCAGGAAUUACGAAAAAGAUUCUUAACCCAGUGACAACCAAACUCAAGGAUGUACAGAGGCAGUUAAAAGCUCUGCUUCCUCCUGAUGCCGUAUUAGUGGGCCACUCUUUAGACUUGGAUCUCAGAGCGUUGAAAAUGAUACAUCCAUAUGUUAUUGAUACAUCAUUGCUUUAUAUCAGAGAGCAGGGCAGAAGAUUUAAGCUAAAGUUCUUAGCCAAAGCUAUUUUGGGGAAGGAUAUACAAUGCCCAAACAAGCUUGGUCAUGAUGCUACAGAAGAUGCUAGAACAACCCUUGAAUUGGCUCAAUAUUUCCUUAAGUAUGGCCCAAAGAAGAUUGCGGAACUCAAUCUGCAUGCACUUGUUCAUCACCAAGAACUGCAAGCAGCCAGCCAAGAGCCAAGAAAUACACCAGGAGUCAUUCAGCACUCAAACACAAGUGUUACAGAAUGCUUGGACUCAUUGGGUCAGAAACUCCUUUUUUUGUCCCAGGAGACAGAUGCUAGUGAACUUUUUUCUAGAAACUGUAGAACUAUUAAGUGCUUUUCAAAUAAACAGGUUCUUGAGCAGGCUAGAGUGGAAAUCCCCCAGUUUCCCUUCAGCAUUGUUGAGUUCUCGUUUGAGCCCUUUUCACCCAUCCUCACUGAAGAGAUGAACAGAAGGAUGAGGCUUAAGUGGACAGAGAUGUCAACUGUCUAUGCUGGGCCGUUUAGCAAAAAUUGCGAUCUCAGGGCUUUGAAAAGGCUGUUUAAGAGCUUUGGUCCAGUCCGGUCAAUUACUGUUGUUCUUGAAACUCAUCAGCCUCAUCUCUGUGUUCAAUAUGAAGUUCUGGAAGCUGCCCAGCUGGCCAUAGAGUCCUUGGAUGGCAUCCUGGUGGAAGGCAUUUGCAUCAAGGUGCAGAGGCCUGUGACUGAGCUCACCCUUGACGGGGACACCCUUGUGAAUGAGCUGGAACUAGAUUCUGAGAACCAAGGUACUAUUUACCUGUCUGGAGUGAAUGAAAACUUCAAAGACUGCUUGUUGCAGCAGUCCAGCCUCUUCCUUGGCUUGGAAGCUGUGAUCUUGCCUAAAGACCUUAAAAGUGGAAUGCCGAAAAAAUACUGUUUCCUGAAAUUCAAAACUUUUGGCAGUGCCCAAAGGGCCCUUACCAUUCUCAAAGGCAAGGAGUGGAAGCUGAAAGGCAGGCAUGCCCUUACCCCAAGGCACCUCCAUGCAUGGCUCAGGGGCUUACCGCCUGAAUCAAGAAGCCCUCCAGGACUUCAUGUCAUACCUCCCCCAUCAGAACAGCAGUCCUUGCAGACUCUGAAGAUAGCAGCCUGGCGCUGGGGCCGGAAGAUUGAGAAGCUGUACCGCAGCCUGUGUCCAGGGACCCUCUGCCUCGUCCUGCUGCCAGGAACCCAGAGCAUUCAUGGAUCACUCUCUGGCUUGGGACUCAUGGGCAUAAGAGAUGAAGAGGAAAGCACCAUUGCAAACAUGUGCUUCUGAGCGCCAAAGCUCUGAGAGCUUACUUGCUCUUUACCUCUGGAUGCUCCAGUCUUCAAGGACAAGUAAGUCCCUCCCUUGGAUACCGACAGGCCUGGUUUGGAGCUUCGGUUCUGCUUCUGAAUAUUUUUGGGUGAGUUCCUUAACCUCAACCUCAUUUGGGCCCAUUUCCACAGCUGUAUAAACCGAGGAUGUAUCUACUUUAAGGGUGACUGAAACGUCAAAGAUCCCGCUUGUUGGCAAUGACAGAGUAGUGGGCUCCGUGUGAAUCAGUCCCCCUUUCUGUGCCUCGGUUUCCUCAUCUAAACUACGUUGGGGGACAAUCCAGAUUGCGUGCUCAGUAAAUGACAGUAGUUUACUGAGGAUCACCGCUGGCAUGCAGGAAGAGCAGAUUAGGGUGCCCUACACCAGAAGCAUACCCUUUGCUCGCAAGAAGAGCUAAGGUCAUUUCCUUUUCUCAGGUGCGUGCGACUGGAGGUUUCCUCCGGGCCCCAACUGCAGAAUCUGUAGAAACAGAAAAGGACCUGAACCACAAGG